AUGUUGUCUCGUAUAGUGCCUUACAUCCGAUGGCACCGUCGGUGUCUAAGUUCCAAAGCUAGUACCCAUCUCAAUUCGGAUCUAGCUAAGUCCGUCUUCUCUCAAUUCAUUACACCAUCUUCCAACAAAUACCAACAGCUACAUCCCAAACCUGAAGAUGAAAUAGUCAUCGCCAUGAGUUCCGGCGUAGACUCAUCUGUCUGCGCUGCACUUUAUGCCUCUGUGUUCCCCAAUGUCCGGGGAAUCUACAUGGCCAACUGGACCCAGACUUCGCGAUGCAUUGAAGCAGAUUGGAAAGACGUCCAGACAGUGUGCAAACAGUUGGAAAUCCCCGUGGAAAGAGUCAACUUCGAAAAGGAGUACUGGCAUAAAGUGUUUGUGCCCAUGUUGGACGAGUACCGGAAGGGAUGGACUCCCAAUCCCGAUGUUGGCUGCAACCAACACGUAAAGUUUGGAGUUUUGUAUGACCAUGUAAUGAACCAAGAUCAAUGUCAGCAAACCCGACGGUGGCUUGUCACGGGUCACUACUCCCGAGUCAUGAAACACUUGGACAGCAAUGAGUUCCAUCUUCUUAGAGGUCUGUAUUUGGCUAAAGACCAAGCCUAUUACUUGGCUAAGAUGCCUGUACAAGUCAUGGAUCAUGUACUCAUGCCUAUGGGCCAUUUGACCAAGCCCAAAGUCCGUGAGUUGGCCUCCAAGUUUGGACUUAGCACUGCUCUGAAACCUGAUCUGGAUGGACUCUGUUUUGUUCAGCAAGACACCAAGUUCCGGGACUUUUUGGCCGAAUACCUUGAACCGAACCCAGGGAACAUCGUUACCGAAGACGGGAAGAUCUGGGGACAACACGAAGGUCUUUGGCACGCGACCAUUGGCCAGAAAAGCGGGAUCCUGAUGCCACAGGGCGAUGACAAAUACAAGGGAACUUGGUUUGUCAGUGAAAAGAACUUGGCCGACAAUCUGUUGGUGAUAGUCCGGGGGAACAAGAAUGACAAGUUGUACAAGAACCAAUUGGUGGUGGAAAAUUGGCAAUGGUUUGGGUCACUGUCACCACUAGAAUUACAACUUAAUGGUGACCAAUGGACUCAGGUAAAAGACUUGAAUGUCCAGUUCAGAUCCCUCCAGCACAAGUCUUAUGUCGACUGCUUGAAGCUACAACGUGGUGAUGAUGAUAGUGUUCUUUCCAUCAAAUUGAUGGAAAAGGAAAGAGCAAUGGCUCCUGGUCAAACCCUUGUGCUUUAUCUUAAUGAUAGGAUCAUCGGGUCAGGUAUUAUUAGAGAAACUCAGUCAAACUAA